UGUGCUGUUCUGUUUCCGGUGUGGAUGCAGCCGCGGCAGCUGUUUAUGGUUCAUCCAAAAUGACCAAACUGCAGCUACUGAACGCCUACCUGACGGAGCGGCUGACGGUGGUGGUGAAGGAGAUCCUGGACGUGGUGGAGGACACGGUCACCGAGUACCGGGAGGAGACCGCCAGGACCAAGCAGGAGAACGAGAGCCUCCGGAGGCAGCUGCGGGACAUCCUGCUGCUGGAGGCCGAGACAGAGUGGCUGAGGUCCACCGGGUCCAGUCUUGGGUUAGAGUCUCCGGAGCAGAGAAGCUGUGAUCCAGAGCCGCGGCCCCGCUCCAAGGAGCCCGACUCCCCCCUGAACCAGCAGGGUGUUUCUGUGCAGAGGGAGACGUGCCCCCUGCAAAAUUGGAAACCUGCUGAUGCCUUGGAGCCCACACUGAAGCCGGACCCUCAGACAAAGGAUGCCUCACCCCUUCCAAGUCACUCUUCCUCGGCCCCUAACAUCCAAAUUGAAGUCCCUCUGCUGAGAGAGGAGCCCCAGGCCCUGCCUCUGAUUAAAAGUGAGCCUGAGGACCACACAGUGAGUGAACCUGAGUCUGUGCAGGAGCAGGCAGCUGUCAGGAGCAGGACGGUGUUGGUGCGUGUGGACAGAGAGGAGGCUCACAGAAGCAGGAAGUGCUCUCCGGAGAGACUCGCAGGAGAUGAAGGUGCAGCUGCGGGUUACAUCCCUGAGCUCGUCCACCGCUGCCCCCGCUGCGGCGAGGCGUUUGGCCAUGCCGGCAGCCUGCGACUGCACCUGGAGCAGAAGAGGAAGACCUACGCCUGCGACUGGUGCUGCAAGUCCUUCGCUCAGUCGGCCGACCUGCGGCGCCACCUGCGCACGCACACGGGGGAGCGGCCGCACCGCUGCACCUUCUGUUCCAAGAGCUUCAGCCAGAGGGGGAACCUGCGGCGCCACCUGCGCAUCCACACGGGGGAGCGGCCGUACAGCUGCCCCUACUGCUGCCGCACCUUCAGCGACGGAGACACCAUGAAGAAGCACAAGCGCACGCACUCAGGGCAGAAACCGUACAGCUGCGAGCAAUGCGCCAAAUCCUUUACCAGCGCCAGUGGGCUGCAUAUACACUUAAAGAAGGACAUGUGCGCUGCGCAGCUAACACCUGAUGGGCAGCUACAGCAAAGACAUGCACAUAUUGUGCUGCAGGAAUGAGUCCUUAAUCCCUGAAUUUAGUGAGCAUUCUAGGACUUCCUGUUCUCAUUUUUUUCUAAAAAGAUUAAUUUACAUGUUCACCUUGCCGUGGUGCAUAAUGCUGCAUACAUAAACACAGUUAGAUGAAUUCACGUGGAAGGCCUUAAAAACAGCCGUUGCUAACAAAUUGCUAAAUGGGACGACUAAACGUCAUCACGCCGAACAUUAGCAGCCUUUAGCUUAGCGGCGGUGACUUGAAGUCAUGUGACCGUGCUGUAGUUCCUUUGUAGCCUAACAUUAGCUUUCUACUUCUGGAGAUUGCAUUUACGCUUUUAAAAUCGUAAACAUGUCAAUACGUGGAUAUUAUCCUGCUUAACAAAAUGUGUAAGUAUCAAUAACAUUUGUUGGUCACAGAUUGAAUUUUUUGCAUUGUCUUUUUGUGAAGGGAACCAGGCAGAUGCUAACUUCAGCGUCAGACUACAAAAAUACAUGAAUCCUGCACUUCUCUAUAUAUAUUUAUUCUAAGUAAAGGACGUAAGCAUUACAAGCCAGUCGGAUAUAUAAAAUGGUGGAUCUCUAAAUAUAUAUAUUUAUGUAUUAUUUGAUGUAUAACAUAUUUUAUAUUGAUAAUUAAAAUCUGCCAAGUAACUAACUCAUCAAUAACAACUACAACAUUUAAAAAUAAAAUAAUGAAUAGAAGAAUAAAACUGACCCUCACAUUUUGCAUCAAAAAGAAAAUAACAAUCAAAGAAUUGCCAAUUAAUUAUUUUUUACGUCGUUAUUUAAAUGAUAAAAUAGCAAAGGAAGAACAUAUUUGAGUGAAGUACUCGUACCUGUAAAUUGAAUAUAUAGCCUCUACAUAUCCAUCCUGCUGGCUUGUGAUGCACCGGAUGAUGAAAUUAAUUUGACAUUCCUGUCUUUACUUUUUCUCUGAUUCCUCCUGCUGAGGGUCUUCAAUGCACUUUGUUUGGUUUUACUCUGAAAGAGACAGGAAGUAGUCUAUAGGCAGCUACACAGUCGCUGCAUUAAUAUGUAUUUAUUUAUUUUUAUUUCUUAAGUUGGGACCCUCCAGUGUAACACCACACCGGUUGCUUCACAACUAAAACAUUGAAUAUAAAAAUAUUAUUUAUUUCCUUUAUUUUUUAUCAAUGUAUAAACUAUGUCUGAUCUCACGCCACAAUAUUUAUUUUUUGGAGAUUGUGAUUGGAAAUGCAGAUAUGAUGUUAGAUAGUAGAUUUGUGGUAUUUCACAGAAAAAACAGAAAACCUGUGUUAGCAGAUACGGUUAUGUGUGUAGAUAUUUACUGUGGGAUUAUUAGUAUUUUGUAUUGCGGUAAAAAUUAUGUUUUUUUAGAAAAAUAAAUGUUCAGUCAAACUGUUCUCGAAAAAGUUGAUUUCUAAUAAAGUUUUACAUUUAGAGUCGUGCACACUGAUCACUUUACCUUAUUGACUUUUGAUACUCUCACUCACUUAAGGUUCAGUACUGAUCAUUUGUAUUUAAUCCAUCAACAAUUGUUCCUCCUGUCUAUUAUUUUGUUCUAUAGCACACGUUUUUUUUAUGUCUUGUUUUUUUUCUUCCAAAAAUUAAACCAAACGUUCUACAUUUUCAAGUUUCAGAAAGAAAAAUAAAUUAUUAAUAUUGCAGAUUUAAAAUACAAAAACUAAAUAAGGACUGCUUCAAGGAGAAAAUAAAGUUGAAUUAAUUAAAGUCUCGAAUUGUUUUAAAAAAUAAAUUCUUACUUGGAAACUGCUUUUGCUGUGAGAAAUGUAUUUCCUGUCUAGCACAUAUUAUUACAAUACAUUUCCCCCCAAAAAAUAUAAAAUGUUGUAAUAAAAGACCAAAAUACUCUUACU